AUCGCGCUAUUACCCAUUCAGAGGUCAUAGUUCAAAGGUUUCAUUUAAGUUCAUGUUUAGUGGCGUGAUUUUGAGUAUCGUGUUUUUAACAAUAAAGAAUACAUAAAUACGCUUGGUAUUUCAAGCAUAGUCACGUCCAUAAAGUGGUUUAAUUCAACUUAGGAAAUAAUAGUGUUGAAAACGGUUUAAGAACAACGGAUCUUUUUUAUAGACUCUAAGACAUGACUGACGCAGUGCGAGUGGAAGCGCCGGGUGUGAAGUAUGGGGCGGAUUAUAUUGAGGCGGACUACACGUACCAGAACACCUCCGUGCACAGGGACGCUAAGGGAACAUAUGUGGCCACGCCCACACAUACCAAAUACACAUUCAGAACACAGAAAAAGGUUCCCCGCCUUGGGUUGAUGUUAGUAGGGCUGGGUGGAAAUAACGGAAGCACAGUGACGGCCACCAUCCUCGCUAACCGUCACAAACUCUCAUGGAACACCAAGGAGGGAACCCACAACUCCAACUGGCUAGGUUCGAUCACUCAGGCGAGCACCGUAUGUCUCGGUAACGGACCGGAAGGAGAGGUGUACGUGCCACUCAAGAGCCUUCUGCCAAUGGUCGACCCAGAUGACAUCGUUAUCGACGGCUGGGAUAUUUCGUCAUUGAACCUGGCGGACGCUGUGGAGCGAGCACGGGUGCUGGACUACAACCUGCAGGUACAGCUGCGGCCCUACCUGGAGGGCGUCCGGCCCCGCCCAUCCGUCUACUUCCCGGAGUUCAUAGCCGCCAACCAGGCGGACCGUGCCGAUAAUGUCCUAACCGGAAGUAAGCAAGAGCUACUCAACACGAUCCGCUGUGAUAUCAGAGACUUUAAAGAAAACAGUGGCGUGGAUAAGGUGGUAGUGUUGUGGACCGCUAACACGGAACGUUUUAGUGAAGUUAUACCGGAACUAAACGGCACGGCCGAUAAUAUUCUAGCAAGUAUUAAAAGGAACGAGGCGGAAGUGUCACCUUCUACGCUGUUUGCUGUUGCCAGUAUUCUGGAAGGGGUUACGUAUAUAAAUGGUUCGCCCCAGAAUACAUUCGUUCCCGGAGUGAUCGACCUCGCCCAUAAGCGCCGGGUGUUUAUAGCAGGGGACGACUUCAAGUCCGGCCAGACGAAGCUCAAGUCCGUCCUUGUCGACUUCCUGGUCAGCGCCGGAAUCAAGCCGCGCUCCAUUGUCAGCUAUAAUCACCUUGGAAACAACGAUGGCAAGAACCUUAACGCCCCACACACCUUCCGAUCAAAAGAGAUAUCAAAGAGUAACGUGGUAGACGAUAUGGUAGACUCCAACCAGAUUUUGUACCCAGACGGGCGGCGGCCGGACCACUGUGUCGUCAUCAAGUACGUGCCGCACGUGGGGGACAGCAAGCGCGCCAUGGACGAGUACAGUUCGGAGAUCAUGAUGGGAGGAACAAACACCCUCGUCAUCCACAACACGUGCGAGGACUCCCUGCUGGCCUCCCCUCUUAUAAUUGAUCUCGUCAUUCUUGGAGAACUAUUUGAAAGAAUACAGUACAAGACCGAGGCUGAGCCAACGUUCCAGAAUUUUAACUCGAUCCUGUCAAUUCUCAAUUACCUGUGCAAGGCGCCGCUGGUGCCCCAUGGUACACCGGUCGUGAAUUCUCUCUUCCGGCAGAGAAGUUGUAUAGAGAACGUGCUGCGCGCGUGUAUAGGCUUGGCUCCCCUCAAUCACAUGCUUCUUGAGCACAAGCUCGCGCGGGUGGGGAUCGACUGCCAGGAGACCGGAAGUUCAAAAGCAUCCAAAAUGAACGGCCAUCUUAUUCAAAGCGCAAAUGGAGUGAGUCAAACGAACGGUGUGCAUGAAACAAACGGACACGUCAGAAGACCAUCAGAUGAAGCCGAACUUUGAUAGUGGAUUUACGAUUUAUAAAGAUUAACAUUUUAAUAUUGCAAGAUACAUAUGUACUGAAAUGCAGAGGAUUGUAAUACAAUGCAAAAUUUACGACUGUAUUUGUUCGUGAGAGUUUUGUUUAUUAUUGUACAUGUAGAUAUUUUUAAUAAAUAUUUAUGAAUA